UUAGCUAACUCAGGAAUGCUCAUAUUGACUAGUUGCCUACUUGCCUUGGGCGACUUCUAUAUUUUGAUUUUCUUGGAUAUUGACUUGAAAAAGGGAAGUUUGGGUAGCGAAAGCAGGGAACCAACCAUGAAGAGCGUCGUCAAUCAGGUAGCCGUGGUGGGAAGUGGAAUUUCAGGAGCGGUGUGCGCGUCAAGUCUCGCCAGGAAUGGGAUGUCCGUCACCAUUUUCGAGUCCGCUAGAGGCCCUGGUGGCCGAAUGUCCCAGCGAAGAGAAGUUUCUGAAGAUGGGAAGGAGCUGGUGUUCGACCACGGUGCUCCAUAUUUCAGUGUCAGCAAUGCUGAGGUGUUAGGUCUGGUUCGUGAGUGGGAAUCAAGAGGUCUUGUUGCUGAGUGGAAAGAGAAUUUUGGGUCUUUUGAUUGUAUCUCCAACAAAUUUGUUGACAUACAACAGGAAGGAUUAACAAAGAAAUAUGUGGGUGUACCAGGCAUGAAUGCCAUAUGCAGAGCAUUAUGCCAUGAGCCUGGAGUGGAUAGUAAAUUUGGGGUGGGUGUUGGAAGGUUAGAGUGGUUAGAGGAUGAGAAUUUAUGGUCUUUGGUGGGUUUGGAUGGACAAAAUCUCGGUCGCUUUCAGGGGGUGGUUGCAUCAGACAAAAACAUAGUUUCUCCAAGGUUUACAAAUGUAACAGGACGACCACCACCUCUUGAUCUGAAUUUGGUUCCAGAGUUCGCAGUGAAGUUGCAUGAUAUUCCUGUUAUCCCGUGUUUUGCUUUCAUGCUAGCAUUUGGAGAGCCUCUUUCUGCAAUUCCUACAAAAGGCUUCAAAAUAAUAAACUCAGAAGUUUUAAGCUGGGCUUAUUGUGACAGUAGCAAGCCAGGGCGUUCUGGCACUAGUGAACGAUGGGUUUUGCAUUCAACAACCGAGUAUGCAAAUAGUAUUAUUGCUCAAACUGGACUUCUAAAGCCCUCAGAAGCAACACUGACAAGAGUGGCCGAAGAACUUUUCUAUGAAUUACAGCGCACUGGACUUAAUAUUCCUCAGCCCAUCUUUAAGAAGGCUCAUAGAUGGGGGAGUGCAUUUCCUGUUACAAGCAUAGCCGGAGAGGAGAAGUGCCUUUGGGAGAAGAACAAGAGGCUGGCUAUUGCUGGAGAUUUCUGUGUUAGUCCAAAUAUUGAAGGUGCCAUAGUUAGUGGCAUGGCUGCAGCGUCCAAGCUUACGAGCUGUUUACAGUGAUUGUACCAUCAUUUCACCAAGCAGCUUGCUUUACAUCAUCUUCUGGCUUAGGCGUAUUUGCAAUUUGGUGGGUUUCUGGGACCAUGAGAUCGAUCCCCACACUCAAGGGAUCAAAUUUUUUUAUUUUUUAUUUUUCAAAAAUCACAAGAAUAUUAUGUUGAAAUAUAAUUAAUACACUUUAUUUUAAAAUUCAUGUGUUUUUUAACAUAAGAGUUUUAUUUUUUGGGAUAUAUCUUCUUCAUCUCUUUCA